AUGCUGGCAGACGUCCUCCGCGAGCGUCGCCGUGCCCGACCCUCUCCUCUCCCUCGCUGGAGGGAGCUCGGCAAGUCGGCAGUGCAGGCAGUAUGGGGACUUCCUGGCUGUGCGGACGCCAUGCUGGCCACGCAGUGGUCGCAGCUGCUUGGAGACGCUGGCACCGACCAUACAGGCACAAUCGCCACUCAUCGUGGAUUGGCGGCAUUGUUGGAGAAAGGCGACUGCCGGGCACUGCGUGAGAUGGGAGGCAAACGAGUCGUGGCCUGGGCUCCGGCAGAUUCGAAUGCUCUGCAGCGGAUCCUCGCGGGUCUUCUUCGGCAGCCAGAUCCCUCACUCCGCCCUGAGCGUCUCUCACUCCUGGUCCCCCUCCCGCACUUCCCCGGGGUAGACACGCCAAGCAAGCUGUUCGACCUAUGGUGGCAUCCUCUCCUAGGCGAAAAGUACGCCUCGCUG